UCGAGACAAUAACAGUUGAAAAAACAGAGAGUAGCAACCAACAAUCGUUUCGGAUAGGCCCCUCUAUUUUCUUCGGUUCACCAAAGCCGAUGCUAAAGACAUUGUCUAAGAAAUGGCUUCUUCAAUUAUAUCUUUCCAACCCAGCAAUUUGAGGUCUGCAUUUUUGGGAGAAAAAAAUGGGAUCUGUGUUUCUAGCAUUUCUGUAACUCGUGUUGGUUUAGUGAGGAAGACUGUAGAGUGUAAGGAGUCAAGAAUAGGGAAGCAGCCUAUACGAGUGCCAUCCAGUGUGACAAUUACAUUGGAGGGUCAGGACUUGAAGGUAAAGGGUCCUUUGGGAGAACUUGCAUUGACUUAUCCACCAGAAGUAAAGCUUGAUAAGGAGGAAUCCGGAUUACUGAGGGUCAGAAAGGCAGUGGAGACUAGGAGAGCCAACCAAAUGCAUGGGCUUUUCAGGACUCUUACUGACAACCUGGUGGUGGGAGUAUCAAAGGGUUUUGAAAAGAGACUUCAACUAGUUGGUGUUGGAUAUCGUGCAAAUUUAGAGGGAAAGGACUUGGUGUUAUAUCUUGGCUUUUCCCAUCCAGUCAGGAUGGCAAUCCCCCAAGGCAUUCAAGUGAAGGUGGAAGAAAACAUCGGUAUCGUCGUGAGUGGAUAUGACAAAAGCGCCAUUGGUCAAUUUGCCGCUAAUGUUAGAAAAUGGAGACCUCCGGAGCCAUAUAAAGGAAAGGGUGUGAGGUACGCUGAUGAGAUUGUUAGAAGAAAAGAGGGCAAAGCAGGGAAGAAGAAGUAAUGGUGGUGUAUCUCGUUUCUCAU